AUGGUGUGAGAUCACUGAGCUGGGCCUUGGGGAGAGGGGGAGCAUGCUGCAGGUGAACAGAUCUGCAUGACUCAUUUCAGCCAGAGAAAUGACUGGAUGGCAUGAAUGUCUUGUUUAUAGUUGUGGAUGAUCUGCGUCCUGUGUUGGGCUGUUACGGAGAUAAGCUUGUGAAAUCUCCCAACAUUGAUCAACUUGCUUCUCGAAGUAUUGUGUUCAGCAAUGCAUAUGCUCAGCAAGCUGUGUGUGCUCCCAGCAGAGUGUCGUUUCUCACUGGCCGCAGGCCUGACACCACCCGGCUCUAUGAUUUCUACUCCUACUGGAGAGUACACGCAGGAAACUAUUCCACCAUGCCCCAGUAUUUCAAGGACAAUGGAUACAYGACCCUAUCUGUGGGGAAAGUUUUUCAUCCUGGAGUUUCAUCCAAUUACAGUGACGACUAUCCCUACAGUUGGUCCAUUCCACCCUUUCAUCCUUCAGCUGAAAAGUAUGAAAAUGAUAAGACUUGCAGGGGAAAAGAUGGAAAACUUUAUGCAAACUUGGUGUGCCCAGUGRAUGUGACAGAAAUGCCUGGAGGGACUCUGCCUGAUAUUCAGAGCACUGAGGAGGCCAUCCGCUUACUGAAUGUGAUGAAAAUCAACAGGCAGAAGUUCUUCCUGGCUGUUGGUUACCACAAGCCACAUAUCCCACUGAGGUACCCACAGGAAUUUCUCAAGUUGUACCCCCUGGAAAAUAUCACAUUAGCCCCAGAUCCCUGGGUACCKAAGAAUCUGCCUCCUGUAGCAUACAACCCCUGGACGGAUAUCAGACAGAGGGAUGAUGUGGAAGCAUUAAAYGUUAGUUUCCCUUAUGGACCACUUCCAGAUGACUUCCAGCGGCAGAUUCGUCAGAGUUACUAUGCAGCAGUUUCUUACCUGGAUGUGCAAGUUGGCCUGCUUUUGAAUGCUUUGGACAAUGUAGGACUCUCAAAUAACACAAUAGUAGUUUUUACUGCUGAUCAUGGGUGGUCSCUGGGAGAACAUGGUGAAUGGGCCAAAUACAGCAAUUUUGAUGUUGCUACCCGUGUGCCGCUGAUGUUUUAUGUCCCAGGAAUGACAACUUCCCCCRUCAGUCAAGGAACAAGGGUCUUCCCCUACCUUGACCCUUUUAGCCAUAAUGGAAUCUCAGCACCUCAAGGACAAAGCAAAAAAGUGGUGGAGCUGGUGUCUCUGUUUCCAACCCUUGCAGAACUUGCUGGYCUGCAGGUUCCUCCUGUGUGCCCAGAGGCCUCGUUUGGUGUUGUGCUGUGCACUGAGGGGACAAGCAUUGUCCCCUAUUUUAAUGUCUCUGAAGAGGAGGAGGUGGAGGAAGGCAAGRGAAGGUGUGAUGACACUGACAGGUCUUUUCAUGAAGAACCUGUUGCUUUCAGCCAAUAUCCCCGGCCUGCAGACACUCCCCAGUGGAACUCUGACAAACCAAAGCUGAAAGACAUCAGGAUCAUGGGCUAUUCCAUGCGUACCAUUGACUGCAGGUACACUCUGUGGGUUCAGUUUGAUCCUAACAACUUCAGUGCUAACUUCGAUGAUAUCCAUGCAGGAGAGUUGUACAUGAUGGAGACUGACCCAAACCAAGAUUAUAACAUCUAUAACAAUAUCUCACAYGGUUGGUUUUUCAAAAAAAUUCUUGGCUUUCUAAAGCACUAGGGUUCAGAAACUUCUUYGUGCCUGUUCUUGCUGCUUCCUUCUUUUGUAUAAAACCUCUGUUGUACAGAAUACACUUGGAUUAAAUUAAAAUCGUGCUUGUAUAAAAACUAGCUAUUGCCUUUGUCUUCUUACAGCCCUUAAUGCUCUGAAGUAGUCAGAGGGAGUUUCUGCAAGUGUGUUUUCAAACAGGCUGGUAACACUUCUGAAAAAGCCACACAGAGCAAGCAGGCCCAUACUGUGAAACAUCUCUGCAGUCUUCUGUAAUAACUGAAGAAUUAAAUUUCGUUAUCUGUGCUGAAAC